GUCGUAAAUAAAUUAUUUAUAAUAAUAUUUUAAAAAUAUAUAACUACGGGAAUCUACAUUUUACUCUUAUGAGCUUCAGGUUUUUUCUAUGGCAACUACGAUACAUCACUCAUACGCCUGCGCGUACUUAUCUCAUACGAAAAGAAGAGAAAUGCACGGAUAUUUUCUUUGCUUUGUUGAGACAUUUCAAUUGAAACAGUUUCAGUUCGUUUUUUCAACCCGUCGACUUUAUCACGGUCUGGACCAGUGAGGAAAUAAAUAACAUAACUAUACAGUGCAAUGUGGGACUGAAAUUUUCAGGAAAAAAACUUAAUAUCUUUUAAAGUUUAGUGUACAAAGGUGAAAAGAAAUUUAAAUGAUAAUAUCGAUAAAUAAAAUUAAAUGAAUUAAUAAAUGAAAUUAAUUAAAUGAUUUGGCAUCAAAGAAAAGUUAAGAUGAUAUUUCUUUACUGCGUUGUGCCAAAUCCAUAAAAGGAGUUUAAUAUACGUACCUAUAUACAUAGAAGUUCAACAAAAGGCAAAACAGUAAUAUCGCGUAAAUUUAAAGAAUUCUUAACGCACAUGACUAUGGAGACGCCUGCGACAAUACCUGCUGUCAUUAUGUUAUACUAUCCACGAAUGUGCUCGUGACAAUACCAACCAAUAUAGCGACAAGAUAAUCAAAUCAUUGAUUAUAACUUUCACUAUAACAACAACAAAAUAUGCACUGAGGACACAUUUUGAAUUCACAUUCAUUUAGACCCAACUAACCGCAUCAACAGCCAGUCAAGCGCAACUAGACGCGGCAAGAGUGUGCAGAGUGUCCAAUGCAAAGCAGAUUACUUGUUGUCAAAAGCUAUUGAAAACUAAUAACUACUUACACACAUAUGUAAGUACAUAAAUGUGAGAUAUUCAUAUAAUAUAAGUGCAGAAAAAUAACAAUAAUACACAUUUACAAAGUUUAACGUAUAAAAACAUUGAGUCAAGUCUUCAGAAAAAACAAAAAAAUUGUAAAAAUGUUGCACUCGAAGUGUGUAAUCAAGUAAUCACAAAGUUAAUAAUCCCAAUAGCCCCAUUUGUUGUGUAUGUAUAAGCGCUGCGCCGCUAAAGCCUCCUGGAAUAACUAAAUGAACCGUUACCACAAACGGCUGGUCCAAGCAGCCAAAACAAGUAAGAAACAUUUAAUUAAAAUUUUUUUAACCUAAUAGCAGCAUAAAGGCAUACUAAUGAAAAUUCGCAUACUGGAUUCAUGAAUCAGUAAAUAAGCAAACACAUGAAACAAAACGAUUUCAUCUACAAUACAAAUAAUCAACGCGUUUACUGAACGCAAGUCUACAGUACCAAUAUUUACAUAAAGUGGCGUACAUACCGGGACACACACAUGCAUAGCUGUAUUGGCUAACGUUGGUGCAGCAUUUCACACCACGCUUCCCCCAGCUGAACAACAACGUUAUAGUAAGCAUCUUUGGUCUAAAUUUUUGAACGCCAGUCAACAUGGGUAGCUUACCGAAUUUGCACGAGUUGGAGGAAAUAGAGCGCCGACGUGAAAAACGCCGUGAACGUGAGCAACGUGAGCAAUUGCGAGAGCAACGAGCACGUGAUUCAAGUCGUGAGCGUGAGCGAAUGGCGUUAUUUGCACAGCGUAAGCAAAAUUCCUACAACGCCUACCUAAUGGCUGGUUUGGGAAUGGGUGGUGGAACACUUGGCAUGGCAGCUGCCGUCGGAGCUUCUCACCUAACGGGCACAGCCGCAGCAACUGGUGUUCUCGGCGUUAGCGCCAAUACCCCAGCCACAACGGCUACGACUACUUUAGGUGGCUUUGCAGUAGGUGGUGCAGCUUUACUUGGCUUAGGCACACCGGCAUUACUCACGAAACACCAUCAACAUCAUCGACAUUCGCUAACAACACGACAUCGAGUGCUACGCACAAGAAGUUCUGGAGCGACACAGAAUAUUUGGGAUGAACAAUUGAUGGAGCAUCUUGCCGCAUACUCCCCAAUUUCCACACGUUCACACCGUAUCAAUCCAGUCUCAUCAUAUCAGGUGCAAGCCGCAUUGGCCGCCUCUCGUCGACGUGAGUCCAUGAACAGUUCCAUUGGUGCUGCAUCGAUACGACGCCUUAUUACACUUAAUAACCGCAACUGCCGUCAUAAGAUACCGCCACACGUGCGACAUAAGGUGUGCCAGAGUUUCAUCUGCAUAGCGGUGGCGCACGGUUUGAUAUGCGGCGUAUUAUUGCCGCUCUUCGCGCUACAAGGUUCCAACUCUGUCUGGCAUCAACGCGAACAGUGGGUACAUGUGGGACCCAAUAUCGGCUCACUUCUAUUAAGCGGUUGCUUUUUGAUCUCCGCCGUUAUGUGCCUAUUUACCAAACGCCUUAUACAAAAAUUCGGUUAUACAACAGUGAUUGGCGCCAGUUACGUCGCGGCGAGUAUCUUUCUCUUAUGUCACCUUUUUCCCUCCAUAUUUACGCUACUGCCGGCAUAUAUACUGCUCGGUGUCACAUACAGCCCUUCAUGGAUUAGCAAAAUAGCAUUGGUGGUGCACUUUGGCAGCAAGCUGAGCUGUUCCCAGCAUGAGUGCAUGCUGAGUUCCUCUCAUACCACGGAUGUGAUAGAUGAGCAUAAACUCUUCUGUAAUCGCGAUCAAAAGGUACGCCGUUUGGCGCGUUGGUUUCAGGUGGCACAAGAUCUGGGCAUCAUACUGGGCACGCUAUUGGCAUCAUUAACUUUGGCUUGUAGCUCCAGUGAUUGGAAUUGCUUUGAUAGUAGCGAAACAGUGUCAAUGGACACACAAGCAACUUUACUGCCCAGCGAAAAUCUGACAGAAAAUAUUGUGAAGGCAGUGGCUCUGCGUUCACAUUCUUACAGUAUGACCGGGUUUUUACCCAAUAUACCGGGGUACUUCGAUGAUUUUUACUAUCACAAUGAGCACGGUGAAAGAAUUUGUGGGGCCGAUAUGUGCCCCGUUUGGCAUCAGGAUAACACUUUUGACGAUACGAGCAACGGCACCAACGAAACGAUUUACACACAAUUCAUUAAUGAAAGAUCGACUGGCGGCGGUAUUACGCUGAUAAGCACCUAUUUAUUAUUCACAUUAGCUGCGGCGGCUUUAUCCUUUUUCGGUGGGCGUAUACAAGGCACGUUUCGUCGCGACGUUCAUAUAAAAGGUGUUACGGAUACGUUAUUGUUCGCCGGACCCAUGGCGUAUUUCGUAGGUACUGAACAGGCCUAUAUGUUAGGCGACUUUUUGCGGGCAUUUGUCUCCUGCUCCUUGGGUAUUAGCAUGGUGGCAGGUGCUUUGGUCGGCAUGGGUCUCAUGCAAUGCAUAGUUUCCUGCACCUUAAGCAUGCUGCUGCGUCACACCAAACGCAUCGUGGUUAUUUUGGCCGGUUUCUUCUUCCAAUCAUGUCUAUUACUUGCUUUAUCCAGCUGGAAGCCAUCGAGUGAUGACAUGGCGCUUUUCUAUGUACUGGCUGCCUCAUGGGGCGCAUGUAACGGUAUGUGGGAAACGCUUCUAAUGGCCUUAAUCACGCUGAAUCACGCCAAUCACGUUACGGAUGUCACCAGUCCGUUGCAGGGACUACGUUUUCUCGGACUUGGUAUCACCUUCGCAGCGCAUGGUUUGAUGUGUGAAACACCGAAGAUUAUUACCAUGGUUAUAAUUCUAGUGUUAAGCUUGCCGGCCUAUGCAAUGCUAGAAAUCAGGCUGGAGGCACAGCGUAAAUCCCAAUUGACCAAUUUAUGACGUAGCGUCUUUAGUUAGUCAAAGAGGCAAGACGCCAUGGCACGAACACAUACAAUGUGAAAGAGUUCGAAAAUAUGUCAUGGGUGUCGAGAGACUUAUAGUAAGAGUUAAACAGUAUUCAUUUUAAGCCUGGAAAAACCAGAAAAUAAAUUAUUUUUUACAUGUUAUACGCAGCAUUCGACGUAAAAAGGUAACCGCUGUCGCUACACGGUUCGAAACAAUAAACUUAGAGUAAUUAAUAGUUAA